GUGACCAGAGGCGAGGAGACACCUUGCUGCACCCAGGGAGCCUAACCUGAGGACAUGGAAUUCCAACAGAUGGAUAGUAGGGUGAGGGUGGCGGCUGAGCUGUUUGGACAGAGAAGGGGCAGUCACUAUGAGGAUAAGAAGCGGAUGCUGUUCUCACUGUUGGUCUUGGUGCUGUACUUGGGCACAGGGAUAUCAGGAAGAAAUUGGGAGAUGUACAAAAGAAUCAGGGAAUGUAACUACUUCCAGAAUCCUGUGGCUUCCCAGGAGUUUGAAUAUCAGACCAGUGAACCCUCCAAAGAGCCAAUAAAGCUCCUGAGGAACUGGCUGAAGAACAGCUUGCAUGUUUUCUUGGAGAAGUUAGAGGAAGAAGUGCAGGAGCUGGAGCAGCUAGUUCAGGACCUGGAGUUGUGGCUAGAUGCUCUUCUGAGCGAUCCAUACCUGGAAGAACCCUGCUCCAGCUGCAGAAAUCCCUUGUGAGGGUCAGUCAUUGAGAUCUGGGAGCAGGAAAUUGAGAGAUGGGGAAAAUAAGCUGAGCUCUGAUACUCGAAGCUCAAGGCAAGCAAGAGAAUAAAUUGUUUGGGAAAUGGA